UACAUAGCGCCGUUCAAGCAUCAAUUGCAUAUCUUCGCGUUGAACAAGUACGACAGUCACCAGUCAUGCAGCUGAGUAGCGGAGAAGCACUUGAUCAAGGUAUUGACAGCAGCAAUUGCAUGAGACCGGUGUUCGCCUUCCCUUCCUCAGUGCAACCCACCAGCAGACUUCGGUUUGGCUGCGGGGAAGCACUGAGUUGGUCGGUGAUCUGAGAGAUACGGUCUGAACUUGAUCAGGUUAAAUCCUGCGAAAGGACCUCAUGCUUUGCUUCCCCUCCGUAAGACGCUGCUGAUGAGUGCAGGCUCCCAGUCUUCAUGGAGCCUACCCCGCAAACCGCUAACGUCUACGAUGAAAAGACGUCCUCGCUGGUGCCCGUCCUGGCCCCGAACGAAGGCCUUCCGAUAAGCGAUACAGGUGGGGCAGCCAACCCCGCAACUUUUGCCAGAAGAGCACACUUGCAAUGGAAGAAGUUUGAAAAGCAGCUGGUGGAGUACAACCUCGAGGCGCGCGGAAUCCAGCGUGUCGAAGCAGAUGAGCGCCAUGAUCUUCGUGCAUUGGGCUACACUCAAGUGGCCAUUUUGUGGUUUUCAAUCAACCUGGCGGCUAACAAUAUUACAUUGGGAAUGUUAGGUCCGGCCGUCUUUGGCCUAGGCUUCUUGGAUUCGAGCCUUUGUGCUGUGUUCGGCAUGCUCGUGGGAUGUCUCCCGGUGGCAUACAUUGCGACUUUUGGGCCAAGGAGCGGGAACAGGACAAUGAUCUUUGCUCGGUACACGAUGGGCUGGUGGCCCUCGAAGCUCGUUGUUAUCUUGAACCUUAUUGUCCUUCUAGGAUACGCUUUGAUUGACUGCGUCGUAGCGGGUCAGAUCCUGUCUGCCGUUUCGACAAGCAACAUGUCUGUUGUUGUCGGAAUCAUCAUUGUUGCAAUCAUAACUUGGGGUAUUACUACGUUUGGAUACCAAAUCUUCCACUACUAUGAGCGGUAUGCCUGGUUGCCACAGCUGAUUGUCCUCUGUAUCCUCGCCGGCGUAGCAGGGCCGGGUUUUAAUACCUCCUCGAGCUCGGAAGGGGAUCCCGCCACACUCUCCGGCAAUAGACUAUCCUUCUUUGGUCUCAACCUGGCCGCGGCCAUAACUUAUUCUGGAGGUGCGGCAGAUUACUUCGUCUACUACCCAGAGCAUACGCCCGGAUGGAAGAUCUUUAGUGUGACAAUGGUCGGGCUCUCCUUGAGCUUUACCUUCGCCUUUCUUCUUGGUAUCGGGCUUGCAUCCGGGAUGCUUACGAACACUGCCUGGGAAGAGGCAUACGGCGUUUCUCAAGGAGCGCUGAUCGUUCACGGCUACAAGCCAUUGGGUGGGUUUGGCAGCUUCUGUGGCGUCAUCGUUGCUCUUGGACUAGUAGCGAACCUCAUCCCACCUACAUACUCGUCCGGAAUCGAUGCCCAGAUCCUUGGGAGGUGGGCUGCACUGGUGCCUCGCGCCAUUUGGAAUACAAUUGGUGUGGUAAUCUACACGGUUUGUGCCCUGGCUGGUCGUGGUCAUUUGGCCGAGAUAUUCACCAACUUCCUAGCUCUAAUGGGCUAUUGGGUGUCUAUUUGGAUAGCAAUAACAUUAGAAGAGCACCUUAUUUUCCGCCGUAAGAAAGGCUUCAACUGGGCUACCUGGAAUGAACCUAAGAAGCUACCCCUUGGCAUUGCAGCUCUCAUUGCUUUUUUGAUUGGCUGGGCUGGGGCUAUUCUCUGCAUGGCCCAGGUUUGGUACAUUGGCCCUAUUGCUAAGCUUGUGGGAGACUAUGGCGCAGAUAUGGGCAAUUACGUCGGUUUUGCCUGGGCCGCGGUUGUAUACCCCCCUAUGCGAGUAUGGGAGUUGAAGAAGUUCGGAAGGUGAUGUGCCCCCAUGGCCACGUCAGUUUGGAGGUGAGAAGAAAUCGCGAGAAGGCGAUCUUCCGCGAAACGGACGUUGACCUAACGUGGAAAAGGCUGGCAAUGGUUGUUGUGUAGUUUAAGCGGCUACAAGUUGGAAUCUAUACCGUUGAAUCUUCUCGCGCUUCCACUGUGGCAUGCCGCAUCUCAACUUACUUAAUUAAGUAC